AUGGUUCACAUUCUUCCUGGUUAUCCCAAACAGUCAGACAAUCCUCCUGAAGUAGUCUUACUGGCAUUUUACUUGAGUCUUCCACAAGGAAUUUCGGAAAGCAGUAUUGUCCCUGAGACGGUAUUACAUAACAUCGUGAUGGGCCAUAAAGAUAGCAUUGGAACAUCCAUUGGAGGUGAAAUCUCAAGUGUCGAUCCUUUCCCAUCCGGCACAGAGCAACAGAAAGACGAGGAAAGCGACAAAGGAAACGACGGAAAGUCAAAACCAACCAACGUUAUUAUUGGGGCGUCGGUGGGUGGUGGACUGCUCUUAAUCAUUAUUGCUGCCAUUCUGAUCGGAUGCAAAAAGACUGACAGGUAA